AUGUUUUCCAGUUUUAAAGUGACGAAGAAGGGGAGUGAGGAGAUUUACUGCUACAGGAGUGUCAAAUCCAAACCGCCAAAGACUCCAACUCUCUGCCGAUCGAAACAUCAAAGGCGUCGGUCCGAGCCAGGCGUAGUACCAUCAAUUGUUGGGUUCACGAAAGACUCGGUAGCAAAUGAUUCGGAUCGAUUAGCUCCAGGUGACAGAAUAUGUAGUGUUAAUGGUAUAUCAACAGCAAGAUUAACUAAUGAUGAAGUACUGAGGUUGUUAGAUAAUGUGGAAGAAAGGGCAUCGUUGGAAGUAGAAUAUUACAUGCCAAACUAUGCUUCACAGAGUUCUCUUUAUAUUACAACCAAGCUAGCAGAGGUACCGGUUGAAAAAAUAAAUGGCUCUUUGGGAGUAACAAUACGAGGUGGUUUACCCGAAAAUUCAUCGUCUAGUGCUGAUUUAGUUUUAAACAGCAGGUCUCUAGAUGCAUUACCUUUAGUUGUCACUCAUAUUAGGCCAGGUGGUGCUGCCUAUAAUACGUCUAGAAUUAAACCUGGCGAUAGGCUUUUAAAAGUCGAUCAUAUCUCUUUAACAAAUAAAACAUUGUCAGAAGUUCAUCAUAUACUCCAAAAUUGUCCUCAAGUGACGAGUCUUACAAUUGAAUACGAUGUGUCAAUAAUGGAAUCGGUUAAAUUAGCAACCGGACCUCUACUAAUUGAAAUCGAGAGACCGUGUAAUGAGGAUUUAGGGUUAUUCUUAAGCAAUCAAAGAUACUCUGACGAUGUUUAUAGUUCUGGAUCUGAUACUUAUCAGAGAGUUGGAACUAGCAACGCUAUUUACAUAGACAGUAUCCUUCCCGCUAGUAUCAGCGAUCGAUGUGGGGCAUUACAUCCUGGAGAUCAGCUCCUAGCAUUUGAUGAUCACGUCAUAGAUGGUAACAACUACACCGCGGAGGAGGUUAUGUGCUAUCUUGAAAACUGCGAGGCUGGUUUUACAAGAUUACAUGUUGCCCCACGACACAUUCUUAGCCACGGCGGAAGAUUUACUAGAGAUAAUUCACUGUCGGGUUCAUCAACGCUAAAUCCUAAAAAGCAUCGGCAAUGGAAUUAUCGACAGAGCUCAAUGCCUAAAUUAGGUCCACAAGAAGAUUACGAUGUUCAGCAGAAUUACAUGAGUUUGGGGAUGUGUCGUAGCGAAUCUUUGAAUAUACAACUGGAAGUGCCUCCAGGACAAACAAGCGGUUUGGCAGUUCAUGAUGAAAACGCUGUCUUAAUUAUUUCACACGUUGCCACGCAGUCACCAGCGUAUCGAACCGGCUGCUUACAAGUUAGAGACAGAGUGAUGUCUAUAAACGGUCACGAAAAUCUCACUUGUGAUGUAGCCAAUGAGAUAUUACAAAGGAGAAAUGACUCUCACAAUCCUAAAUACCUUACUCUUAAUAUUGAAUUCAGUAUGCCCAAUGCUAUUGAAGCUUCAAGUGGAGUAUUCAACGUUAAACUUGCCAAAACAUCCGCAGGUCUGGGCGUUACAAUUACAGGCUGCAAACAGAAGUUGCUGACUAAUGAAGAACCCAUGGUGAUAUCAGAUAUCAAGCCAGGAUCUGUUGCUCACCGGAGCGGCGCCUUGGCACCAGGGGACCAACUCCUCGCCAUAAACGGACAGCCUUUACAUAAUCUGUCACUGGACACAGCAUUCAACAUACUUCAGAAUUCACCAGAAGACAUAAUAACAUUGAAGAUACGAAAGCGUGAUUUAACGGAAGACUGGUCCAAUAUUCACAAACAUAACGCAAAAUUGACGUUACAGAGCUUCAGUAACAUUGAAACAAAGGCUGUAGUUCAUAGCGGGGAAGAUUCAGGUCACCAUACGGGUAGUCCCAACAAUAGUGCUAAAGAUAGUGAAAGAAGUCACGGUAGUGAUAAUGGAACUGUAGUUUUUAUGGUUGAGUUGAUAAGACAAGAAAACGGUCCCCUUGGACUCACGAUAGCUGGGAGUGAAGAUGUCACACAGGCCAUUUUAUUAAGUGGUUUGGUUGAAGGUGGACUAGCUGAAAAAUGUGGGAAAUUGUCAGUAGGGGACGAAUUACUGAGUAUUAAUGGAGAAAGCGUGUUGAAUAAACCAUUAUCGGAGGCCAUUAAACUAUUACAACAGAGCGGAAAACGCGUUCAAUUACAAAUGUGUAGAAAAAUAACUGGUUCUCUUGAGUGUGCUGAAUCUAGUGUACGGGAUUCCAGUCAUUCGACAUCUAGUCCAGGGCUCUCAAACGACAGCGCUGUUGAAUCGUGGGAUCAAAAUACGCCAGUUAGAGUUAGUGCUAAUUGCGGUAAUUCCGAAGUAAUAGAAUAUGCGGUUCCCGACAAGAGCCGAAUAAUAGAUAAGCAGCCCUACUCACCGACAGAUGAGGAUAAACUUUUAGCUUGUAGUUUCAAUUCCACUACUCCGUACACGGUGCACGAUUUGCCUCUCCCGAAUUAUUCACUCAAUAAUUCCCUGAAGACCUUCCACUACGAAAAUACAUGUAUCAUUCCAGAAAACACUUUGAAAAAUAAACAGAACAUAACGAGAGAAGACGAUGUUCAACAAAUUGAAAUUCUGACAAGCAACAUGAAAGACUGUCAGUUACAUAAUAUGGAAAAAAGUUCGUGUAAAUGUGAUUAUGUACAAAUGGGACCUUAUGGUAUCGUGUCACCAAAAAAUAGACGCCCAAAUUGGGACAGCGAUUACUUGAAUAAUGGUAUUUACACUGUCACAACUCCACAGAAGUCACCAUUAAAGCCAAAUGUUCCCGGCACCAGUUUUCAGUUUACAACAAGUCCUAUUUAUGAAAACGACGUACCGAGUAUUUAUGGAAGUGAAACCUUAUCACCAGCUCGAGGUUCUGUCCAUCACGUAAUUUUAUAUAAGGACGCAAUUUAUGAUGACUACGGAUUCUCUGUAUCCGAUGGUUUAUAUGAAAGAGGAGUGUAUAUUAAUCGUAUAAGGAAGGGAGGGCCGGCUGAUAUAGUAGGACUGUUGAGACCCUACGACAGAAUUUUACAGGUGAACGGCACAAGAACAGUGGACUACGACUGCUGUCUUACAGUGCCUUUGAUAGCAGCAGCGGGAGAUAGGCUGGAAAUUGUUGUGCAAAGGAAUGUAACAUCUAGAGAUCUCAAAAACCAGAGACAUGAGGACAGUUCAAGCCCUAGUGAAAGUAGUAUCGUGACUAAGACCAUAUAG